AUGGCGACUCUGGCCACGUCGGUGUGUGUGCUGCCCAUGAGCUGCCUCACAGGACCCCAGGAUGCUCCAUCCCUCAACCACAGGGCACCAUGCCAGGAGGAAAGCGGAAGAGUGGGGUUGGACCCCCACACGCAGGAGGACCCUGCGGCGCUGGAGGAAGUCUUUGAGAAAGCGAUCCUGGAGUCUGGGAGAGUUCUUCAAGACAAUAAGUUUCUUAGCCGGAGGAUCCACUCACUGUCGCCGGAGCUCCUGGGAGCCAGCCCAGUCCUGAAGAACAUCUCCCACUCCCGGGAGUUCAACGGUCACAGGGCUGGUGAGCAGAGGGGACGGAGGGAGCCUGAGGACAAGGAGGGGUUUGUCUUCAAGAAGCCGCAGAGGCCAGGUCAGCGCAGUCGGCUGCCUGCUGGUGAUGGGGCUGCAGGGAGGGACCGCUUCACCCAGAGAGCCAUCUCUGCUCCUGGCCUGCUGUGCGACACCCCUGAGAAGGAAAAUGUCCCCGAAGGAGAUAGCCCCAUCAUACUGCGCCGGUGCUCCUUGACCUCCUCCAUGUCUGAGGAUGAAGAUGAUGGCUUCAUGGAGAUCCUGGAUGAGGAGGAGAUGAAGAGUGAUGCUGAUGUGCCGCAGGGGAUGGAGAACCUGCUGACUGCGCCGCUGGUGAGGAAGGAGGAGGCAGAGCUGCGUCCCACGAAGCGCAGCAAGUGCCGGCAGCUCUUCCGCUCGCCCUCGAUGCCCAGCAGUGUCAUCAGGCCCAUCCUGAAGCGGAUAGACCGUCCACAGGACAGGGACACCCCUGUCAAGACAAACGUGGCUGGUACCCCCAGCGAGGAGGAAACAGCAGAGCCGAAAGCAUGGCUGCUGCGCUCCAGGUCCUUCUCCCAUGAGGAGAUUGAGAACCUGCUGGCCAAUGACCACCAAGAGCUCAUUGGGGACUUCUCCAAGGCUUACCUCCUGCAGACGGUGGAAGGGAAGCACCAGGACCUGAAGUAUAUUUCCCCCGAAAUGAUGGUGGCAGUGCUGACAGGGCAGUUCAGCAGCCUUAUCGAGAGCUGUGUGAUCGUGGACUGCAGGUACCCCUACGGGUACGAGGGAGGCCACAUCAAGGGUGCUGUGAACCUGCGCGGGUACCGGGAGGUCUUCCCCCAGUACCAGGCACACUGUGAGCCCCAGGACUAUCGCCCUAUGCACCAUGAGGACUUCAAGGAGGACCUGCGCAAGUUCCGCCUGAAGAGCCGCACCUGGGCGGGCGAGCGCAGCAAGCAGGAGCUCUACAGUCGUCUCAAGAACUUCUGA